AUGGCUGUGGAAUACAUCGAUUCACCAGACUGUCCAGCGUCGUAUGGUUUAUGCCAUGGAAUUUUAUCGGGAGAUGAAAUUAUUUUUACUGGAACUGUUAAGAAGCGAAAUAAAGACUUUGGAAUUAAUUUCCUCUCCGGUAAAAAUGUGGUCCUUCAUUUGUACUUUCGCUGGACCAAAGAAAAGAUCAUGAAAAUUAAUUCCAAAAUUGAUAUUGAAUGGGGAGAAGAGAUUCGCCUCAAAAAUGUUUUGCACCGCAAUCAGAAUUUUACUUUAAGUAUUAGGGUAUACCCAAAAUAUUAUAAGGUAACAAUUAAUGGCGAGCAUAUUUCUAAUGUUGAACACCGUCAGCCUUAUGAGUCGAUACAAACGGUUUUUAUUGAUGGAAAUGUGAAAAUUCACAAAGUUCUUUUUACUAAGUUCAAAUAA